UGCGUCUCCUGCAGCCCUGGUUGAUGAGGGAAAAUGUAUCGUCUCGGCCAACAGUCUUUCUCCAAGAUCGCUUUCAUUUCCUUUUUGUCCACUGUGCCACGGGAAGAUUUUCGUUUUACGAGACAAUACAAUAAAAGCUGGUCGUGUAUUGGCUGAUUUUUGAUCACGUUUUACCUUUUUCUGCACGAAAAUGCCAAGGUCCAAGAAGAGGAAUAGCAGGGGGGGGCAGCAUGCAACUGUGCAGCCUUUCAGCGAUGAGGAUGCCUCCAUUGAGACCCUCAGCCAUUGCAGCAGCUUCAGUGACACCACCAGUGUAGCAGAUGAAGGAGGAGAAGCCAAUGAGGAUGCAGCUGAGGAGGAUUUCCAGUAUAAGCUGAAGGGAUUCAUAGACAGCACGGUGGAUAAGAGUGCUAAGACCAGACAGGGGGCUUUGGAUGGGCUAAAGACAGCAAUGGCCACACGGAUCCUGUAUGAGUUCAUCUCAGAAAGAAGGAUGACCAUCACAGACAGCAUUGAACGGUGCCUCAAGAAAGGCAAAGGCGAGGAGCAGCGAGCAGCUGCCUCUUUAGCCUGCCUGCUGUGUAUCCAACUGGGCUCGGGCAUCGAAAGUGAGGAAGUGUUCAAGACCCUCAAACCCGUCUUCAAAAACAUCCUGGCAGAUGGAUCAGCUAACAUCCAAGUCAGACAAGCUGUUGCGACAAGCCUGGGCCUCUGCACUCUGGUUGCGGAAGAUGACAUCAUGGACGUGCAUGCCACCAUGGAGUGCUUUGAGGGCCUGUUCACACGGUCUUAUGUGAAAGAGGAUGGUACCCGACCUGCCAUGGGCCCCCAGACCACCCAGCUCCACACCAACGCCCUGCUGUCCUGGGCACUGCUGCUCACCAUCUGCACUGCCAGCCAGCUCAAAGACAUUCUGCACAAACACCUGCCCAAACUGCCCAUGCUGUUGGAAAGUGAGGAUGUCAACAUGAGAAUUGCUGCAGGAGAGACCAUUGCCUUGCUCUUUGAACUUGCCAGAGUCAUGGAUUCUGAGUUUGAAUUUGACGAGUGGGACGACCUGUGUGAUAAACUGAGCGCUCUAGCCACCGACUGUAACAAGCACAGAGCCAAGACGGACAAGAGGAAGCAGCGGUCUGUGUUCCGGGACGUGCUCAAGGCUGUCGAGGAGGGUGACUUCCAGUCGGAGAGCAUUCGAUUUGGGACAGAGCGCAUGACCAUCGACACCUGGGUCAGAAAAAGGACAUACGAUGCUUUCAGAGAGUUUGUGGGCUCCGGGAUGAACUACCACCUACAGGCAAAUGAAUUCAUCAGGGAUGUGUUUGAACUGGGACCACCGAUGCUGGUUGACUCUGCCACAUUGAAGGCCAUGAAAAUCUCUCGCUUUGAGAGGCAUCUCUACAACUCGGCUGCAUUUAAGGCUCGGACCAAGGCCAGGAACAAGUUCCGUGACAAGAGGGUGGAUGUGGGCGAAUUUUAAUUUUUUUUUUUUUUUCUAAACCUAUUUAUUAGAUUCUUGCUUUUAUCAAGCUAGAUGAAUUGUCACUAUUUGUCCAGAUAUAAAAACAAGUGGUGGUUGUGUGUGUGUAUAUGUCUUCACCUCAUGAAUAUUUGUGUGGCCUUUUGAACAUUGUAAUAUAACUUAACAUUUUGCUAUCACUUACCUUGACCACAUUAACUAAUAAGUUCAUAAUUGUUAAGGCUUAGUCUUUGAUGCGUUUGUGAUGAGUUGCACUACCUAGUAGAGCCUGAGCACGUUAUUUCUUUAGAACCUUGGUGAAUAUACUUUAUUUUAGUAUUGGAUAUAUAUUGGUAAAUAUAAGGACGGUUAAUAAACAUGAACUGAAAAGCUGUAAA